AUAUUUAUGCACUGAAGGGAGAUGAAAUAGUUAACAGAGGAGGAUUCAUAACCUCUCUGCAGAUGUGAUCCUCCUCUUCCUCUCUCUCUCAUACACACAAACAGAACCAGGAAGUAACUCCUCAUUUCAGAGAAAGCAAAACUGAUCUCUCUGAGAGUGUGUGAGUUCAGGAAAAUGGCAGAAGCCAGUAUUUCAGCAGAUCAAUUUUCAUUGGAUCAGUUCAGCUGUCCAGUCUGUCUGGAUCUCCUGAAGGAUCCAGUGACUAUCCCCUGUGGUCACAGUUUCUGUAAGGUGUGUAUUAAUGGCUGCUGGGAUCAGGAGGAUCAGAAGGGCGUCUACAGCUGUCCUCAGUGCAGAGACACCUUCACUCCAAGGCCUGUUCUACGCAGAAACAACAUGCUGACUGAAGUGGUGGAGAAACUGAAGAAGACUGAACUUCAAGCUGCUUCUCCUGCUCACUGUUACGCUGGACCUGGAGAUGUGGAGUGUGAUUUCUGCACAGGGAGAAAAUACAAAGCAGUCAAGUCCUGUCUGAUGUGUUUGACUUCAUUUUGUGAAAGUCAUCUGAAACCUCAUCUAGAACGUCCUGCUUUGAAAAAACACACAUUAAUUGAAGCCUCAGCAAAACUACAAGAGAAGAUCUGCUCUCAACACAAUGAAGUGCUAAAGAUCUACUGUCGUACUGAUCAAACCUGCAUCUGUUAUUUGUGUACGAUGGAUAAUCACAAAGGUCACGACACCGUCACAGCCGCAGCAGAAAGAGCUGAGAAACAGAGUGAGUUAAAGCAGGAGCAGAUGAAAUCCCAGCAGAGAAUCCAGGAGAAGCAGAAGAAGGUGCAGGAGCUGAAACAGGCUGUGAACACUAUAAAGCUCAGUGCACAGACAGCAGUGGAGGACAGUGAGAGGAUCUUUACUGAGCUGAUCAGCUCCAUGGAGAAAAAGCGCUCGGAGGUGACGGAGCUGAUCAGAGCUCAGGAGAAGGCAGAACUGAGUCGAGCUGAACGACUCCUGGAGCAACUGGAGCAGGAGAUUGCUGAUCUUCAGAGGAGAGUCAAUGAGCUGGAGCAGCUUUCACACACACACGAUCACAUCCAUUUCCUCCAGGCUUUAGCUUCUGGACGUCAGUCUCCCACACUUAAAAGAUCAGAUUUUCACACAUCCAGCAUCACUGUCCAUCAACAUCUCUCAUUUGAUGGAGUGAGGAAUUCUCUCUCAGAUCUGAAGAAGAGACUCGAGGAAUUCUAUGAGGAGGAAUUCAACAAAAUCCCUCCACAUGCUGCAGCAGUUCAGAUCAUUUUACUACCAGAGAGCAGAGAAGAUUUUCUGAAAUGUACGUCUAAAACACACACUCACACCUAUACCUGUAUUUAUACCUUGUGGGGACCCCCCUUUCCAAAGGUCCAACAGACUUGAAAAAAAUCAGGUGCGGCCAAAAAGAAAAUAUCAGUAAAUCAUAAUCUCAUUGCAAAUUCCCAAUCCGACAUAAAGUUCUGGCCUAACACAGUGGUCACUUGUAGGACCUAUUUCCAGUAUUUAUUAUAUGUGAGGUCCACCCUCACACACACCAGCUGUUUUCGGUACUUGUGGGGACCAAAAGCACUUUAUGUAAUAAACAAUAUUGUUUCCAUUGAUGCUAACAAAAUUAUUAAUCCAGAAUGAUGUUUACCUUCUAAACAACUUUUACUGGCUUACUGAAUAGCAAAUGUUACAGCAGGUAUGCAUAUAAAAGCAGAAACAGACAUCAUUUUAACCUGCAAACACAAUUCUUACCUUAGAAACAGGCAUGUUAAACAGAUUUUUUGUAUUUUAUUUAAAUUAUAAGCAACUGUAGGCAUACAACAGCUUUUAUUAUUAUUUUGGAUGUUUCUGCAUUACAUUUUCUAUUCAUUGUAGUUUGUUGGUAGAUGAUAGCAAAUGGAAUUAAUAACUCUGACACUUUUAAUGUUCUCAAAAACAUCAAAAAAAUGAUAAAUUGUGCUAUAUUAGAAAUACCAAAAUU